AUGGAGGUUGAGAAGGUCAACGGUGGUAUCCUUGAGAAAGGAGACAUCACUGAAGGAGAAACAACCGAACAAGGCUCCGUUAUCAAUGCCUCCGGCCAUACAGAUCAGCUUACUCGCCAGUAUGGUCUCGUUGGGCUCACAGGCAUUGCGGUGACAGUCAACAAUGCCUGGGUUGUCCUCGGUUCCUCAAUCUCUGUAUCUAUUCUCAGUGGAGGCAUUUCGGGAGUCAUUUACGGCCUCAUAGUAGCAGUGAUCUACUACACUUUCAUCGGUCUGAGUAUAUCAGAGUUUGCUUCUUCCUGUCCUAGCUCCGGUGGUGUAUAUCAUUGGGCUACUAUAGCUGCGGGACCUAAAUGGGGUCGUGUCACUGGCUUCUACACAGGGUGGAUCAACUUCUAUGGCUGGAUGUUCGGUCUGGCAUCUCUCGUCCAAGUCGCUGCCAACGCAGGUGUUCAAUGCUAUGCCACUCUCACGCCCGACUUCUCUCCCUCAGCAUGGCAUGUUUAUGUCGCGUACCUGAUUGUUAUCUGGCUCAGUGCCUUCAUCGUCGUUUUCUCGAACCGACUUGUUCCCUACACUCAGAAGCUUGGCCUUUUCCUUGUUGUUGCAGGAGGUCUCGUGACUAUCAUUAUCGUCGCUGUCAUGCCGUCAAAGCAUGCUUCCAGUGAUUUUGUAUGGAAUUCGUUCCAUGAGAACAACCUGACUGGCUGGAAUGAUGGUGUUGCGUUCAUGGUUGGCAUUCUCAACGGAGCUUUCACGAUUGGAACUCUCGAUGCGAUCACUCAUAUGGCUGAAGAGACUAAGAACCCAAAGAAGGAUCUGCCACGAGCUAUCUUUCUUUAUAUCUCCAUCGGUGGUGUCUAUGCUUUGGCUUUCGCUAUUGUUCUGGGUUACGCCAUUUCCGACUUGUCUGUUCUUCAAGGAAACUCUAACACCUUUCCACUGGCUGGUAUCUACCAUCAAGCCACUGGAAGCGCCGCCGCUACUUUUGCCCUACUCUUCAUCAUUCUCAUCUCAUCUCUUUGCUGUGUCAUUGGAACCGUCUUAACAAACUGUCGAACAUAUUGGACUUUGGCUCGAGACCGAGCUGUGCCAUUCUCCAAUUAUUUCAGCAGAGUGAGUGCGAAGCUUGGUACCCCAGUUGAGUCAACUCUAUUCGUGGCAGUCAUUGCCUCGGGUAUCGGUGCAAUCCCACUAGGAAGUUCGGUUGGUUUCAGUAACUUGACUGGCUCAUUCAUCAUUAUCACGACAGUGUCUUACGCUAUCCCGAUUGUGUCGAAUGUCCUGAGCGGCCGCAAACGAUUCUCGCCCGGACCCUUCCACCUGAAGAACCUUGGGUACUGGAUCAACGGACUCACCAUACUCUUGGUUGUGGUCUUUGACGUGUUCUUUUGUUUCCCCUUCGGUAUCCCAUUUGAUGCAACAACGAUGAACUACAACUCUGUGAUUCUUUGUGGUCUCUGUUUCUUGAUUACGGUAUGGUGGUUCCUGUCAGCCUCAAAGCAUUAUCCGGGGCCUUCGUUUCAUCAGGUGUAUGAUGGAGAUGAAAACAAAGAGACGGUAUCAUAA